AUCAUGGCGAAGAAGCAAAAGCGAGGACCAGCCGCGGCUAAGACCACGACGACGACCAUGCCGGCCAAGAAGAAGUUCGACAAGGGAUGGCAACGCGUCGACCUCAGUGAGCAGCAGAUGGAUGGCUUUGAUGACGGCAACGCUUUCGAGCUGGAAGAGCUCACAGACUACACUUUGGAGGACGAUGGAUUUGGAGGCCGAGUGCUCAUUGCUGGCGCCAACAACCCAUCCGCAUCCAAAAAGGAGAUCAAGGCACCGGCCGACAAAACGUCUGCAGUCAAAGCUGAACCAACGGCCAAGGCCACAGAUAAAGCGGCGACUGUAGCCAAGAACGAAAGCUCAGCCAAGCCCGACAACAAGAAAGCCAAGAAGACCACGACUAGUAAAAGUACCGAGCCAACUGCCGACAACGACACCGCCGUCUCAAAAGUCUCAGUGUCGAUCCUGUCACCUUCCGCCGCAGCAUCGUCGAUCGCCGAGUCUGGCAAGAAGAAGAAGAAGCGAAAACGAUCGAAGAAGGCGACCGCAGACGACCAAGCCACCGACGCAACCGCUUCUGACGACGAGGACGAUGUGAUCGACCAUUCCGCGGCGAUUGCUGCCGCGGCGGAGGAAGCGAUCGCCGUGUUGCCGGCCUGGGCCAAGUUCAAACUGCACCCGACGUUGAAUGCCUCGUUGACCCGCAUGGCGUUCACAGCCCCGACGCUGAUCCAGGCACUGACGUUGACGCCGGCGAUGAUCGAGCAGCGCGACGUGGUAGGGGCGGCUCCCACCGGAUCGGGGAAGACGCUCGCAUUUGGGCUGCCUGUGCUGCAGUACUUGCUCAAAUCAUCAUCCAAUGAACCCCGGGGCAAGUGUCGGGCGUUGAUUCUGACGCCGACGCGCGAACUGGCGAUUCAAAUCGUGAGUCAUUUGCAGGCGCUGAUCCCAGACAAACGGCGCAUCGGCAUCGUGUCGCUCGUAGGGGGCAUGGCCAUCCAGAAACAGCAGCGCCAGCUCUCAUACGGUCCGGAAAUCGUCGUGGCGACCCCCGGACGCCUCUGGGAAGUGAUGGAGUCGGGCGAAACGCAUCACUUUGACACCCUUCAAGACGAUUUGCGCUUUCUAAUCGUGGACGAGGCCGAUCGCAUGCUCCAGCAAGGCAGUUUUCCCCAGCUCGAAACGAUCUUUGAACGUGUCAACAAGGGCAAAGUGCUGUUGGCCCCGAAACAAGAAAACGAAGAUGAUGACGUGGCAAGCGGACAGCAGCUGCCCGUGGAAGCCAGCGUCAUCAUGCUGGACGACGUGCUCAAGCAACAUGCCAACAACAACUCCGAUCAAGCUGCAGCCUCCACCGACGACGACGCGACGCCGACCUCCCCUCCCCCAAAAAAGUUUUUGCGCCAAACAUUUUUGUUUUCGGCCACCAUGACGUUGAAAAAUGCGGGACGAUACCAAACCAAAAAGACAAAGAACCCCACGGCACUGACCAUGCUGGAAAGCAUCAUGAAGCGAAUUGGGCUGCGCGGCAAGCCCGCGGUCGUGGACUUGAGUGCCAAGGAAUCCAACGCCGCCACGAAAUCAUCGACCACGGACGCCCCUGCCAAGGUGCCACGUGGCGGUGCCGAAGUGACGUUGCCAGAUGGCCUUGAAUUGGCCCAAGUCGAAUGCCUCGACGAACACCGGAACAACGUGUUGUACUACUUCUUGACUCAAUACCCGGGCCGUACAAUUGUAUUUUUGAACGCGAUUUCGGGCGUCCGCAAACUGGCGGGGGUGCUGCAUCUGCUCAAGAUGCCCGUGUUUGCCUUGCAUGCGGAAAUGCAGCAAAAGCAACGCCUAAAAAAGCUAGACCAAUUCCGCGCCCACGAAAAAGGCAUAUUGAUUGCCACUGACGUGGCGGCACGAGGGCUCGACAUUCCGUCCGUCGACUACGUCGUCCACUACCACAUUCCCCGCUCCGCCGAAACGUUUGUCCAUCGCAGUGGGCGCACCGCCCGCGCAUCCAAGCACGGGUUGAGUAUCUCGUUUGUCGCUCCUAUUGAUGCGAAAUACCACGCGCAAAUUUGCAACGUGUUGCAUCGUCCGUCGGGCUUUUCCAUGUUUCCAGUGGACCACAAGUACGUGAAUAUAUCAUAUCCUCCUGCCCUUUGUCCUCCGAUGGAUGAUAUAUGAAAUCAAAUAUAAAUAUAUAUGAGAUGGACUGAAGUACGAUGGAAAGGAUUAUUUUUAUCAAUCAUUUUUGCUAAAACUUGGGAGUAUUUACGUUAUCUUUUUGUCCAAUCAUAUUGCUUUGCUCGGUUUUCAACAAUCCCCCCAACAUGGGCAAAUUUGUCGAAACGCACCAUACAGUUUUUGCCGUUAAUCAAAGAACGGGUCAAGCUGGCAGAAAGCAUCUUUGCCACGGACAACAACGACAACAAGCAAAAGAGCGAGGCCACGUGGUUCCAUCAGAUGGCCGAAGCCGCCGACUUGCCGUUUGACGACGACAUGCUCGAGAUCGCGCCGUCGAAAGACAAGGGCAAAGUGAACAACCAGCGCAUGGAACUGCACCACUUGCUCCUUGAGCCCCUGCGGCCCAUCGGGUCCAAGCGCAAGUUCUACCGACUGCACGAGGACAUGAACAGCAACAAGAUCUCUCACGACGGAGAGUACAGCUCCCGCGACGCCACCGCCGACCUCAUGCAGAAGUCCAAGAAACACUCGCUCAAGCGAUUUCGAAAGAGAUAAUUUAACUGUAAGAAUGUUCCCACAACUAUUGUGCUUUCGAG